AUGUCGACGCCGCUUUGCCUGCUCAGUAACACGGCGACGAGCAGCUCACUCGUCGGAGCCAUGUAUCGACCACCAGAUCCAACGAGCUCAGAAGCCGGACCCUCGCGUCCACGUCUCGAAUCAUCCAAGCCUCUACCCCCGUCCGAACAGCCCGACAAACCCAAGAAGCGACGACGACUGCAAUUCACCUCCCAGCUCCGCACUAGUAUUCAGCGCUACAAUCCCGAUGGCACUGAGACCGUCGAGUAUUUACACCAACAGUCCACACAACGACUCAAGCGCAAAUGGGACAGCAUCUUCGAACGCUUCAAGGACGCGCAUUUGCAGGAGCAGGACGAGAUAUAUCUCGGCAAUCGCGCAAAUGGAGAGCCCAUCGUCGUGGUCAAGGACAGAGGCAGCUUGAGAAGCUUGAGGCAGAGCAUGGAGUUUGGCGUUUUCAUCAAGGACGAAGAAUUGCAAGGAUGGAAGGAUCGGCCCGAAGCCAGAGAGAUGCAGGAGCAAGGGGACGACGACGAAGACGACUUUGAUCCAUCACGCAUGCCCUCCUCGCAUCGAGCUCAGAUCACGGGCGCAUCCAGCAGCGAGUCCGAGUCCGACGAAGAGGAUCCAGCUGCGAACGAUCCGGAUCUACGCGAAUUCUUGCAGGCAGAGGCGAGGCGCAAGGCCAUGCUGGGCAAAGUGGACGAGGACGAGGGUUCCGAUCAGCAAGAGGGUGAUGACCAUGUUGUCGACUUUGCCGAUCCCAUGUGGAACAACUAUCAGCCAACCCCUACGAGCAUUAUCUUGCAUCCGUCCAAGCAAGUCUCGUCAGCCAAACGCAGACUUAGUCAUCCCGCAGCGCCGUCUCAACCACAGAUUGAUACCCCAGAUCUGGUACUCUCGUCUUCAGAGGACGACAAUGAUACAGACAUCGUCACGGUUCACAGCGAUUCAGACGAAGAGCUCAUCGACUCUAUUCAGACGAAGCGACAGAACAUUGAAGAGCUUCUUCGGUGCACCACGCCUUUCGAAACAUUGCCUUACAACGACAUCUUUGGUCUCGCCGAUCUGCUCAAGAUUACCGACAACACAUCGCGCCUUUACGUGGAUCUCGUGUCGGAUGACGAGGACGAAGCUGCGUCUGCAGACGCGGACAAACCAAUGGGAGGUAAUGUUGGCAAUGAGGAAGUCAUCGACCUCACCAGUUCUAUGCCGAACUCUUCACUUGUUGUCGAUGCUGCUUCGUCGCCGCUGUUUGAAUUGGCGUCUUCUCGAGCAUCUUCGGUGAUUCCUGUCGCUCCGGCGUCAGAGCGAUCGGCAUCGCCCGAAGACGCUACGCUCUCAGAGGCUCCAUCACUCCAACCUACAACCGUGCAGCCUACGCAUGUGGAGGUCAUCUCCGCAGAAGUCAUGCCAAGUGAGGCAAAGCCCAUAGCGGCUGAGACUGUGCAGGCUUCCGGAGCAGUGGCGGCCCAGAGUCCUAAGGAGGAUCUGAGCCCUGCGGAGGAUGCGCCUGCUGUAGUCUGGGUUGAGCCUCGGCAGCAGGAUAAAGCAACACCGCCUCCUCCCGGCCCUCCAUCAUUGCAGAGUGCACAGUUGAGCCAGCCGGAGUCCAUACCAGCGGUAUCAGCCUCUGCUGUUGUAGAAACACCUUUGUCAAAGACAGCGACACCACCGCCUCCCUCGGCUCCAGCUCCGGCGACCUCAGUGACACCGGAAUCUGCAGCGACCUCGGCUGCCCAAGCGACUCUUGCGACUCCAGCAAACCCAACCUCUCCCGCUACUCCAUCCCGCGUCACACCCAGUCGUGAAACGCAGCCAUCUCAGCCGACGUCUUCACGCCACUCUUCUCAGAAUCACGCCGCACUCGUCAUCAAGGCGUCACGCCUCGUCUCCAGCAGCACACACAAAGCAGCACCAUUCUAG